CCGUUUGGAGGCUAGGGCGGCGCUAGGGUGCCGCUGUGAUAAUUUCAUUUUGCAAACAGGUGAUGGCCGAUUCCCAACCGAUAUCUCAAGACACGUGCGUUCAUAAUUCACGCCCGAGACGCGAUCGCCACCGAUUAUCUAAUCAGGCACCCAACUACCAAUCAACUGCAUCCGGAAUGUAACCGUAAUCAUCACCACCAGGUGCACAGGUCCCACGAGCAACCACCACGCCGCCGCCCAAAUGGUAGCAUGACCUACGACGCCGUCAGCCUGGGCAUCCGCAAACGCUCCACCAAGCGGCAGCGGGGCGCGACGCUCACGAUGGACGCGCCCGAGAAGCGCGGCACACGUAUUCUCACCAAGGAAAGCCUCCUCGCCACCGACGCCGGUCGACCCAUCGCCUCAUUGAAAAACAACGGUAACAUCUGCUAUCUAAACAGCAUCCUAUACAUUCUGCGCUUUACAUCGCGCUUCCUUCAUAAUCUACACCACGUCACCGACGAAUCGGCGAAAUUCGCGUAUGCGCACGACCUCAAGGAGCUAAAAGACACGAAAGCAAAGUCAUCCUCACUGGGAAGAAACGCAGUCACCACGUAUGGAGCCAACAGCAGCCGUAGCAGCAGUACAAAAGACCUACUCACCGUCGGCAUCAACGAUGCACCACGUAAUAAAGUCCUCAUCCUCACCGAAAAACUCCACGAAGUAUUCGUAACGCUCCACAACAUGGAACACGGCUCCAAACGCGCCGCAUACGACUCCUAUCUUCCCUAUCCAUUCCUCCAAGCUCUCCGCGAAACGAAUUCAAUAUUCUGCAGCGAUGAGCAACAAGACGCCCAUGAACUCCUCCUAUACCUCUUCGACAACAUCCGCGACACCUGUACAUACGUCGAGGAACAAACCGCUAAGUAUCCAACACUUUACGACACCUCCACCACGGCUACCAACAGUACAAACUCCGGAAACACGAAGUUAUGGGCGCGACUGACGAACAAAACCAAAAAACUCGCACAAACACAAAAAGACAACAAAGAUAAAGACGAGCCGAUGAAUGUCGACCACCAGCCGAACACGGACGCCAUUACUGAAUCAGACAGUGAUCCAGAACCUGACGAUACUUCAACUUCAUCCACAUCUACAAACUACAAAACAAAGCGAACACGCCAGCGGAAUUUUCUAGUCGAAGACUUCCGAGGUCAGACCGUACGCAGCACCAAGUGCCUCGAGUGCGAGAAUGUCACGCAACGCAAAGAACAAUUCUUCGAGAUACCCGUACCCAUUCGGGAACUCACCCCGCUGGACCGCAAGCGGAAUCCUAGUGAGCUAUAUCGCGAGGCGUGUCUUGCACCGGAAACGCUUCGAGGCGCGAACAAAUUUUAUUGUAAUGAUUGCAGGCAUUUGAAUGAAGCAGUGCGUUCCGUUGCGUUUGAACGCCUGCCGAAGAUCAUGAUCCUGCAACAGAAGAGGUUCAUGCAUACGGGUGAAGGGUUUGAUAAGGUUAACACUUACAUGCCUACCCCGUUGAGAUUAGAUUGUUUCUGUGAGACUUGCAUGCGUGAACCGCUACAUGCGUAUAAACUCGCUGGGGUUGUUAUGCAUGUGGGCGCAACAAUGCAGUCAGGGCAUUAUAAGUCCUAUGUCGCUGCGAGUGAGCGACAUGCGGAUUAUGCACGCUGUGCAAGCGGCCGGGCGAAAAACGACAAGGAAAAGACUUUGUAUUUUUUCGCGGCGAUGAAAAACCGGGAUAAGGCGACGAAUAACAAUGAUCUCUGCACGUCGCGUAAUUGCUGCAGUAUUAAACUGAAUUUGAAUCUGUCCGCGCUUGAAUUGAACGCGGAUGAAGUCUGGUUGGAGUGUAAUGAUGAAAAGGUUCGCCCGAUCAGCGUGGAUGAGCUGCAGAGUGAGUUGGCCUACAAGACGGAGAACACCAACACGCCGUAUCUGCUCUUCUACGAGAAGGUCUUAGUUUAAGUUGAUAGUUGUGUAAGUGAUUGAUGCAUUCAGACAACACACGAAACUUGUACAAAUUAUUUAUCCGUGUUUGCCGAUGAGAUUAUUAUAUAAAUAAUUAAUGAUAUUUUACUUAAAGCGAUAUGUAACAUGUGCGCCUACUCAUUCCAGUAUUUUCUCACUCUUCGAUAUAGAUUUAUUACAUUUAGAUAUAUAUUUAUAUAUAUUAAGUUUGUCAUUGUUUAUAACUCGUAAGCGCGAAUGCAACUCUUGUAAAGUGAAAAUAAAUUAAACAACUGUUUUGUUAAAAAAAAAA